GGCCAAAAGAAAAGUUUCCAGGCAGUCCAAUCCGGGAACUGCAAACAGCUGACUUCAUAGCUAACCAGAAACUCCACUUAUGAAAGGUGGCACCUCUUUGUGAGUGACAGUGUUCUUCCUUCUACAGACUUCUCAGCGCGCCUAGGUAGGAGAAUCUACAGGUGGAAGCAGUGGAUAAGACCGAAGUGUCACAAUGCCUAAGAGUAUCCAGAAAUCUUCAGUGUCGAACGCUGUGUUCUACAAGCCAGUGGAAGGAGUACAGGAAGUGAGGACAGGAUACCUGUUGAAGUCUCCUCCCCCAAGUCCAAUCAAAACAAAGAACUCAUGGAAGCGGCGUUUCUUUGUGCUGUUCAAGAUGAAGGACGAAUCUUACCUGUUCAAAUACUUCAAGAGUUCAGAGGACAGGGAAAAACCAUUAGGGGGAAUCGAGUUGUCUACAAUUUCCCUGUUGUACUCGAGCCCUCAAAAGCACAGCCAGUGGCCACGGAUCAACAGGAAUUUCAAAUGCUCUCCAGACUGCGUACUCUACAUCAAGGCUCGUGACAGGGAAUACUUCCUUAUCGGAGAGGACAGUUGCGACAUUGAUGGCUGGUUCUGGGACAUAUAUGAGGCUCUGAAAUACCGCCCACACCAAAUGCUGAAUCCGGAGGAAUUGGCUGAUGAUUCCUCUUUCUCCAUUGAGUCUAUAUCAGAUCCUGUUCUAAAGGUUUUCACCCUUAAGAACACGGCAACAUUUGUCAAGACCCAACCUGUGAAAGAUAGGUCUGCAUCUGAACCAAAUCAACCAAUGGCAAAGUCCACGGACAGUGUAAAGGAAUCACAACGUCUCUCUCUCUCUAUGGAGAUACCGCUCUAUGACUAUCCCAAGAGCUUCCUCAGAAAGGCAUCUCUGGGAAAUGAAGAAGUGACAGCUGGUCCUGGGCCUGUGGCAGUGGAACAUGCCUGGAGACCCUUGUCUGAGCAAGUGAAAGAGCCUGAGAAUAAUUACUACGAUUAUCCCAAGAAGUUUCUCAAUCACACGAUCCAGGAGAGUGAAGAUGAGGAGGCCUAUGAGGAUGACGGAAAAAGCUACUACAUGAAAAUGAAUAAAGUGUUUGAAAUAAUGAAGGACGCUGAAGAAAGAGACAAGGAUUCCCUUGUUCAGUCGUUUGAAGUGGACCCUAAAGUUGAAGAGUUUACCACAAACAGCCUUAUUAGGUCUGUGACUCAAGUUUUCGACAAGCUCAAGACGCCAACUGAGGCCGAAGCAGGUCCAGAUGAAAGCAGGGUGGACUGCCAGGCAGCCUGUGAUAGCAGUGCCACUGAGAAUGAAACUGGUCCUCCUGUGGUGAUGACCCAAUCAAAACACCUGAAGGAGCACAGCUUAAUCCAAAGCAAGGAGGAAGAGCUUCUUGCGGAGAAAGAUAUCAUUGUGAACCGGGAGGAUUUGAAAAAGCAUCUGAUGGUAUCUGAUGUGGAAGGCAAACCAUGUGUCUUCGGUUGGACAGGCCAGUCCCAGACCACUUGUCCAUUCCAUAAGGGUGACAGAAUUCUGGCAAUAAAUGACCUACACACUGGCAGUGUGGAAGAGUUCCAGACUUACCUCAGAAAACUCCUCAAAGAACAAGUGACACUGACCAUCUUGCGUCUACCUGGGUCUGAACCUAUGCCCUAAACCUUCAUUUCCAAUAUGUGAGUCCUCUGUAAUCAACAACAACAAAAAAGCCUUCUAGAGUGCCUGACCAUGGUUCCUGUAGUUCAGGGUAUUUAACCCUUGUGUUAUCUUCGGGUCGUUCUGACCCAUCAGUCAUUGUGACCCACCGUCGUAUUGCGACAACUUUACCGCAUACAAAAACAAAGUGAAGCAUUUUCUUUUAACCGUUGGGCUGUCUCAGACCCCCCACAUUGCGAAGGUUAAAAGAAAAUUAUUUUUAUUUGUUUUUGUAUUGGGUAAAAUUGGGUAAACACAACGAUGGUUCGUUAUGAACCUUUGGGUCAUGUGACCCGAAGGCAGCACGAGGGUUAAUAUGGACCUUUACAGUGCACACAUGUAGGUCCAUAACAUCUGUGACAUUGCUAUAAUAUAAUUACUGUAUGGAUUCUUAUUGUAUUCUUAUUGAGAUUCUAAUGAUCUAUAUUGUAUAUUCCAGUGCUGACUGCUGGAAUAGGGAGGGGUGCCAGACUAGGGAAAGGGUGACCCAGUACCUGUCAGAUUACCCUUCCAUCCUGAAAGUGCACAUUGCCUUGUCUCAGUAUUCUCCAAUUAUAGAUCCCAUCAUCAGGGCUGGCCUAUGCCCGAAAAUAGGCCCAUCCCUAAUUUCAGCUCAGUGGCAGGCAUAUGGCUCCAUGUUGUGUAACCAUCCCUAGUUGGUCAAGAGGGUGUGCUGCCUGUUUUGAAAUCCGGAUCCUAUCUGUUGUGUCAAAUCUCUUCCUGAAACAGUCGAGGGCGCUUAGUUGGGCAGUGAAACCCCAACAUAUGUGGGUGUUAAAAGUAUGUGACAAAACAACAUUUACCAGAAACUUCUUUGUGAUGAUAAACCUGCUUCGUGACGCACCUUGCAAACAUCCCUUUUAAUGAUCAGAGGCAUCAUAAUAAGCUGGUGCCAAAUAUUUGACAAGGCCAUGUCACACUGUUGAAUUGUGAAGCUAAUUCUGGUUUACUGUCAAUAGAUACUCUUUGGGAGUCAAUCACUACAGGGUUCAGCCCACUGCUGAUUGCAAUGUGUCGAUUUAUACAUGAACCCCAGGGGAAACACUUGAGAUUUGUGAUCCUAUAUAUGUGAUCUAUUGAAGUAUAUGUACAGUUUUGAUUGAACAAAUCAGGAACCGGGCUGUGAUGCUGUGCCGAUCACAGUCCCAGCCCUGUGGCUACCUCUGUUUAUACUAACCUCCUAAGGUUUCUUCCAUUUUUUCUCCUCUGGUGAGUUUUUCCUUGUCUUCCUUGAGGCUUUAGGUUGGUUGAGGGGCAGUUCUAUGGGCGUAUGUGAAGCCUUCUGUGACAUUGCUUGUAAAAAGGGCUAUACAAAUACAUUUUGAUUUGAUUUGAAAAUGAUUUUUCCUCUGACUUUCCUCUGACUUGUGUAAUGUAAUGCAAUGUAAUGACCUAUAUUCCACAGUCCAGUUGCGCCCCCUAGAGAGCAGAGAUGUCAUUACACACAUUAUUUCUACGUUUUACUCCUGUUCUCUAUUUGCACUAUAUCUAAAACAUGCCUUGUACAUACUGGCUCCUGUAAAUUUGUCCUUUUACAGGUUUCUACAUUCCAUGUAUUAAAUCGCUUAAAUAAAUACAGCUUUGG